AUGGACAGCCAAUUCAGUACUAGUAUUGCAUAUGCAGCCAAGGAAGAGUUGGUUUUCACGGUGAGAAGACAGGAACCAGAGCUUUUGCUUCCGGCUAAGCUGACCCCUCGUGUUCACUUGCCUCUUUCAGACAUAGAUGACCAAGAGGCUCUUCGUGUUCAGGUACCCAUCAUAAACUUCUAUGGCGGCUCCGACUUCCAGAUUAGUGAUAGAGAUGAUCCAGUUAAGGUUAUUCGUGAAGCCCUUUCCGAGGCCCUUGUCUUUUACUAUCCUUUAGCCGGUCGCUUAAUGGAGGGCAAAGGGCGCAAACUUAUCGUGGAUUGCACCGGAGAAGUAGGAAUCUUGUUUAUAGAGGCCGAUGCUGACAUCACCCUCAUGCAGUUGGGCAUCCCCCUUCAACCUCCGUUUCCUUACUUGGAAGACCUUCUUCACGAUGAUAUUGUUCCAGGCUCAGUCGACGACGGUGGUAUAGUUGGAUGCCCAUUGCUUUUAAUUCAGGUCACGCGCCUCACAUGCGGUGGCUUCGUCAUGGCAUGCCGCUUCAAUCACACCAUGUGCGACGGGAUAGGACUGGUUCAAUUCCUAACGGCUGUCGGAGAACUUGCAAGAGGGCGAUCACCACCUUCUGUACAACCCGUAUGGGAGAGAAAACUGUUGAGCGCCAGGGAUCCACCGCGCGUGACUUGCAUUCAUCCCGAGUACGAUGAGUUGGUCGACGCAGGAGGAGGAGCCCCACUUGAGGAUUUAGUUCAUCGUUCUUUCUUUUUUGGGUCAUCAGAAAUGGAGAAAUUGAAACAGCUCGUCCCUAGUCCCGAGCAGCUCGGUCGUCACUUUACCUCGUACGACUUGAUGACGGCCUGCAUCUGGCGAUGUCGCACCAUCGCUCUGGGGUUGGAACCAAACGAGGAUGUGCGGGUUCUUUGUGCGGUCAAUGUCCGCAACAAGUAUAAACCGCCACUCCCAACCGGUUACUACGGCAACGCUGUUGCGUGUCCGGCUGCUUUGAGCACGGCGGGUAUGCUAUGCAAAGAGCCGUUGGGUUACGCAUUGAAGUUGGUAUUGGAAGCUAAAGAGGAUGUGACGGAGGAGUACAUGAAGUCGACGGCUGACCUCAUGGUGUUGAGGGGACGACCUCCCUUCACGGGGACACGCACUUUUUCAAUUUCAGACUUGAGGCGAGUAGGGUUUAGGGAUGUCGACUUUGGUUGGGGAAAGGCUGGCUAUGGUGGAGUAGCCAAGUCCGGCAUAGGAGUCAAACCUAGGUUGUUCGACUUUUAUGUAUCCGGUAAGAAUGAUAAAGACCAGGAUGGAGCUCUCUUGCUUUUCUCCCUCCCACCGACUGCCAUGAAGGUAUUCGAGGAGGAACUACAACGCCUACUUAAAAAAGGUUAUCACAUCCUAUCAACUUUAUAAGCAUAUCAAUGGAAUAG